AUGUUGUCGGAUUCUGGAUCGAGCUUGUUGGAUGCUCGAGGAAUCCCUCCCACGCCUGAUCUGAGGACCUACUUCCCGGUCUACCUCGCGCUGCACAUUGCAGGGGGGCAUGUUGGCCUCCCUGUCCUUGUCGCGACAUGCCUCUGCUCCAAGUCUGUGCUGCGCCAUCCGACACUUGUCAACUUCUUCACCACUUGGAUCAUACAUUCUGUGGCGUCGUGUCUCUUGUCAGGUCCACUCUCCAUUCCAUUGCAGGCCCGCGCUCAUGUUCAGGCUAGGCUGUACUCAACGGGCCUCAAGGCAAUAGACCCCAAUACUCCCCCAGGACCUCUAUGCCUCGCACAAUCCGCGCUGCUACAUGGCACUCUGCCGAUGUGUGCUACGGCGACUCUAGUCGUCGUGAUACAGGCCUGGUCCACAUUCCGCCAGCCAGAACUAGCCAACAAGAACUGGUCUCGGUCUUCUGGUCUCAUCGCUAAACUUGUCGUUCCCUAUAUUGUCUUUUUCGUUUAUACCACAGUCACGGCUGUACUUCAACACUAUACCCCGGAAUACGUGAACGCUUCCAACGGUCUUUACUGCACCUACUACAAGGAUCCAUUUCGCCGAUAUGGCGUCACAGUGUACUGUAUUGUAACUCUAUCAUUAAUCCUUCUCAUCGAGUUGGCCAUCGGCCUUCGCUACUUCUUCAUGUGGAAACACAUAACAACUGUAUUCCCUUUGGCCGAUAGAAGCACUUCACCUGCGAUUGCGGUGCGCUUGACGCUGUUUAAUGUGUACUCCAUAUUCUCCCUUGCCACGGGAAUCACCUUUGUUUCCAACAACCCGCAACCGUGGCCAUACAUUGUCCAGGCUGGAAUGCCGCUUGCCGUGGCUCUGGUCUUUGGCUGCCAAAAGGAUUACUUCCUCGCUUGGUGCUUCUGGAAGAAGAAACGAAAAGACGAGGCGCCAGAGUGCACGUUUAGAUGCCGCAAACUAGAUUCUGUAGCUGAUUUGUUGCGGCGGACACCAUCUUCACCUUCAAUAUUGUUGACACCCUCCUUAGCCACAAAGAGCCAGAAUGAUAUCGAGGUCUCGCCCGUUUAA